AUGCGUUCCUUCGUCAAGACACGCUCUCUGACAUACCUACUACAUUUCGCAGUUACAGUGGUCCAAGCCGUGGAGCCCGAACAAGUGUACGAUGGCGGGUUUAAAGAGAAUACGACAAUUGCUUUGAGAAUUGGAAAUGGUGGUGCUGGCCAAAGUGGAUUCAUCAAACACCUCGCCGAUGCCUUCAUCCAUGAUUGCGUCGAAGACGGCUCCGAGCCUUUCCGAGUUGCCUGGUACAAAAGUGAUACCACCGAGUCCAUCAACUACCUUAAAUCAGGCGAUAUCGACGUUGCCCUGACCUAUAGCCCCGUGGCAGAGAAUAUUGCCAUUGCUCAGGGCAUCGCUACAAGUCCAAGCUACUAUGCCUGGCGCGACCAUUUCAUGCUUGUGGGACCCUCCUCCAAUCCGGCGAAGUUGGAGAAAGAGUGGGAUAUCCCAGCGAUGUUUUCUACCAUCGUUAGGGAGGCUGAGAAGGGAAUUGCGGACCCUCCCGUCAGGUUUCUGACGAGAUUCGAUAAAUCAGCGACGAAUAUUAAGGACUCGGAACUUUUUAUAUCAAUUGGGCAGGUCCCAUGGGCAACCAAAUACUCAACCUGGUACCACCAGUACAUCGCAUAUCCCAUUCAGGCCCUGACGGCCGCUGCGCUGCUUAAGGAGUACACCAUCACCGAUCGUGGCACAUACCUCUCUGUGGAUAAGGAAAUCCAUGACAAGGUCACCAUCUUCAAAGCCGGCAGUGACGACGCUAACGACCCCCUGCUGAACCCGGCUCACUUGUUAAUUGGAACGAAGGCGAGGAACGUGGAGAUAGCUAACAAGUUUGCUCAGUGGAUUACUAGUCCCGCUGGGCAGAAGGUUAUUGUUGAGUUCAAGAAGGAUGGGGUGCAGUUGUAUUCUGGUGCCCCGUAG